AUGGCCUACCGCCUGUCCGAGGACGGCUGUCACACGGUGCUCGUCAUCGAAUAUGGCGGAACCGAUGCCGGUCCUCUGAUCCAGAUGCCGGCCGCGCUGUCCUACCCGAUGAACAUGAAGAUGUACGAUUGGGGCUACCGGUCCGAGCCUGAACCGCAUCUCGGCGGACGGCGGCUGGCCACGCCGCGCGGCAAGGUGAUCGGCGGCUCGUCCUCGAUCAACGGCAUGGUCUAUGUGCGCGGCCACGCCUGCGACUUCGACCGCUGGGCGGAGCUGGGCGCCACCGGCUGGGCCUAUGCGGAUGUGCUGCCCUAUUACAAGCGCAUGGAAAGCUGGGAUUCGGGCGGCCAUGGCGGCGAUCCGGACUGGCGCGGCACCGGCGGACCAUUGCAUGUCACGCGCGGCAAGCGCGACAACCCGCUUUUCGCCGCCUUCGUCGAAGCCGGACGGCAGGCCGGCUACCAGGUCACCGGCGACUAUAACGGCGAGAAGCAGGAAGGCUUCGGCCCGAUGGAGCAGACGGUGUUCAACGGACGGCGCUGGUCGGCUGCCAACGCCUAUCUGAAGCCGGCGCUGAAGCGGAAAAACUGCACCAUCGUGCGCGCCCUCGCCCGCAGGAUCGUCAUCGAGGAUGGCCGCGCCACCGGCGUCGAGAUCGAGCGCGGCGGCACAAUCGAAACGGUGCGCGCCAAUCGCGAGGUGAUCGUUGCGGCCUCUUCGAUCAAUUCGCCCAAGCUUCUGAUGCUGUCGGGCAUCGGGCCGGCAUCGGACCUGAUGAAACUUGGCAUAGAGGUCAUCGCCAACCGGCCGGGCGUCGGCCGAAACCUGCAGGACCAUCUCGAACUCUACAUCCAGAUGGCCGCCAGCCAGCCUGUGACGCUUUACAGAUAUUGGAACCUUGUCGGAAAAGCCUGGGUCGGCGCGCAAUGGCUGUUCACGCGAAGCGGCCCCGGCGCGUCCAACCAGUUCGAGAGCGCCGCCUUCAUCCGCUCCAAGGCCGGCGUCAAAUAUCCCGACAUCCAGUAUCAUUUCCUGCCGAUCGCGGUGCGCUAUGACGGACAGGCCGCCGCCGAAGGGCACGGCUUUCAGGCCCAUGUUGGCCCCAUGCGGUCGGCGUCACGCGGCGCGGUCACCCUGCGCUCCGCCGACCCCCGCGACGCGCCGAAGAUCGUCUUCAACUACAUGUCGAAGUCCGAGGACUGGGCCGACUUCCGCACCUGCAUCCGCCUGACGCGCGAGAUCUUCGCCCAGGAUGCGUUCACGCCCUUCGUCCGGCACGAGAUCCAGCCCGGCGCCGCGGUGCAGAGCGACGACGAGCUCGACGGUUUCAUCCGCGAGCAUGCCGAAAGCGCCUAUCACCCCUGCGGCACCGCCCGGAUGGGCCGCGCCGACGAUCCGCUGGCGGUGGUCGAUCCCGAAUGCCGGGUGAUCGGCGUCGACGGGCUGCGCCUCGCCGAUUCCUCGAUUUUCCCGACCAUUCCGAACGGCAAUCUCAACGCGCCAUCGAUCAUGACCGGCGAAAAGGCAUCGGACCACAUUCUGGGCAAGACGCCGCUUGCGCCCUCCAAUGCCGAACCAUGGAUUCACCCCCACUGGCAGACGAGCCAGCGCUGA